AUGAAGUUGGCUGAGAGGAAGGAAGGAACAGUAAGGAUCAAGAGAAACACUCGUCGAAUCAAGUAUAUUACUGACCAUCGGUACGGCCCCGACUCCUUUGCCCGCAUCCGACAUGAUAUGAAUCAGAUAAAGCUGGUGGCAACCGGCACUUAUCGGCCGAUCAAUCACCGGACGGCCAUGCUGCCAUGCUGCCACAAUGCCGAUCCCCGGACCCGUCGAUGCCAUGACGCCCGUGGACGGGAUACGAUGGUUGGAACACUGGAUGCUGUGCUAACGAUAAACAGAGAAAGAUCUUCAGCGCUCAGACGUUCCAGAUUCUGCGCGGUCGAAACGAUGGUAGACGUGGUGGAUGGUGGUGAUGGUGGAUGAGAUGUGCUUGCCCAACUCGACAGUUCGUU